AUGGAGUCCCGCGCGCGUGCGCGCGUGCUCCCACCGCUGCCACCGCCAGCUCGCGUUCUUUUAUCGGUUCUAGCCCCGGAGAAGCUGGAACAGCGCGCAAAGCCUAAGCGCCGAAAACAGCACCUAGCUAGUGAUGAUGGUGACGUCAAAGUUGGUGUUGGUGGUGGCAGCAGCGGCGGCGGCCUUGUCCCCUUCUCCCAUUCCAGCUCUGCAAAUCCCUUCUCCUCUUCCGCCAGCUCUUCUUCAACCCUCCAUCACCAAAGCCCUCGGAUGCCCGCCCCUCAGUUCGGAGGGGACGCGCACGAACUUAUGGCCACGAGAACACUCAAUAGUCUGAUCGCCGCCGCCGCCGCCGCUUCUGACGCAAGCUCUGCACGCGAGAUGGCUCUAUUCACAGAUAUGGCCGGUUCGCGCAGUGUGCAGAGCCAAUUCAUGUCGCUGAGUGGUUUCUCCGACCCCCAGGCAGCUGCGGCGGCGGCUGCGGUGAAGUUCCACCUCGCCAUGACCUCCAGCACGGCAGCAAACAGCAAUAGACUUGAAGCUAACAACGCCAAUGAGGCCUUUGAUCCUACACUCCACCAUCGUUUGCCUCCCCCUCCCACUCAGUUCCCUUCCGAGGGAGCCUUCGUUCCCGAAGCGAGCUCUGCUGGUCCAUUUCUUGACGGCAGGCUACCUCGACCCAAUUGGCAGCAGCCCAUACCUCCGACGACGACACUCUCAGAAGUCGCGAAACCACUGGAUGUUGGUCUGCUGUCUAAAAAUCUAAUUUACAUUUCCUCAAUUGUCGCUUACCGUCCUCCCUCGGUCGGUGGUGAGCACCUCUCUGCCACUCUCCUGACGGCUCUGCAACGCAUCCCGAUUCCGUUCAAACGUAGUCGAAACUCAGCAAUUGAGUCCGGUCUCCCUCGCCCCCGACAGUGUCGUUAUCAGGAUUUCCAGACACUUUGUUACCACAGCACUUGCCGCAGGGCCAUGCUCAAGCAGCAGCGGCGCCUCCUUCAGUCGGAAUACCUUCCGCCUUCCCUGGAGCUUGAUCGACCCGAUGAGCAUCUCUUCGCGUGUCUGACCGAGUGUGUCCAGCGGAUCAGGGAGCCCUUUGCGCCUGAAGAGCCCCUGGACACACGGGCCGCGGAAACCCUGGAACAGGAGUACAACCGAAUGGACGUCUGCAUUCGGAGGAUUAUUCGGGUGGUCAAGAUGCUGCCUUAUUUCAAUGAAAUCGGGAAGCCAGCUCAACUCGGUUUACUGAGGGUAAGGCGAAGGAUGUACAGCAUUCUGAGUUUAUCUGGGGGAGUAACUUUGGCAGUGAUGAGAUUUAUUCAUUCUUUUUUUAAGGCAAACGUCUACGGAAUGAUUGUGCUCUACUCCUCCUUUUUCUUCGAGCGUGACAUCCGAAAACUGCGCUAUCCCAUCAAGCGCCAGGACGGCACUCUGUCCACAGUGACUGUCUCCAUGCUGGACGACCUUACACCGUCUAUGGGCGGUUGCAUUGGAGACAAGGCGCUUGCGACAUCGGCCUUCCUCUUGUGCAAAAACCGACAGGCUGUAGCUACUGGUUUGAGGGAAGACUUCGAGUUAUACAAGGUGAGGUGGAUGCCAUUGACUACGUUUCAUCUGCUCCUCUGCUGUCUUGUUUCCCCGUCAACAUCAUGCGACAGAGGCCGCAAUGUGAGUCCACAGUUAGUGUUCUUAUUAUUGCAGGCGAAUACGCUGGCGGCUUUUAACCACUUGGACGAACUGGCUGGUGAAGACGACCUCCUCCGAAUGGUGCUAUUGGCUGUCAAGCUGUUCACUGACGAUUCUCUAUCUGAGGACCUUCGUUCGGCCGUGGAGCUCUCGAAACGCGCUUACCUGGUCUUCCUCUGGACCUACCUGCGUUGGCGCGCCGGACCGAAGCACCUGCGACAGGCGACAGAGCUUUUCGCACGGCUCCACCUUGCCUUUAUCGAUCUGCGCUCCCUGGAGAUCCGUAUGACGGAGUUCGCAAAACUCGUCUCCCUUGACGGCCUUAGUCCUCUGAUGCGCGAGAUCUGCUCUCUCCGGUCAAACAGUAGCGGCAGAGGACUCGUCGGCGGUGCGCUGUGA